AAUAUCACCUCCUUCUCAAAGGUAAGUAACUUUUAAUACAAUUUGAAAAUAGUUGCUGCAUGAAAAACAGUGAUACUGUUGGAGACGACAACAUCUAUUGUAACGUUACACUUAAUUGUGGAUGUGCACAGGAGUCUCAAGAUGUGUAACUUUUUUUUGCUAUGAUGACAGGAUGGUCCUAACUUGAUAUUGAUGUUGUCGUCGAAUAACCAACAGUAUGUAAGUCCUUCAACUGUAUGUACAAGUUGUAUUGCUGUGGUUUUUUCUUCUACCUAUGGUAUUACUAUUUUUGUUUCAGAAACAGAGCAAUAUUAGCUCCUUGUAAGCUGUACAUGAUGCUGAGGUAUUUUGCUACAUGUUCUUUUUUGUUAGCGAUUUCUGACUUUGUUGGAGUUAGUGAAUCAUCAGCAUGUCGUUACAUUCACCAAACAUAUAGAGCCGUAGCAAAGCAAAAACAAAAAUUCAUGUCGUUUCCAAUGAACGAUGUUGAUACAAAAAGAGUAGUCACUGGAUUUUACAGCCGGAGCAGAUUUCCCAGAGUAAUAGGAGCUAUAGACUGUACCCAUAUAAAAAUUCAGUCACCAGGUGGAGAUAAUGGGGAAAUCUUCAGAAAUAGAAAAGGUUUUUUUUCCAUCAAUGUCCAAUGCAUUUGCAAUCCAUGGCUCAAAAUUAUAAACAUAGUUGCUCGAUGGCCAGGGUCAUGCCAUGAUCAAACCAUUUUCGACAAUUCUUUAAUAAAACAUAAAUUCGAAACAGCACUCAUAAAAGGAUAUCUCUUAGGUGACGGUGGGUAUGAAGUAAAGCCCUACCUUAUGACUCCUCUGCUGUCCCCUAGGACACAAAGCGAGCAGUUGUACAUCGAAAGUCACAUCAGGACUAGAAAUGUUAUUGAAAGGUAA